AUGGAGCCGUUGGUGAAUCAGAGUAAGAUUCCUAUGAUCGCCAUAACCGUUCACCCUUCGAAAUAUAACGGUACUCAGGACCCUGAAUCGUGGCUACAGGAUAUUCGUUUCUUCUGUCGUCUUCAUGGAAUUGAUGAUGAAGAAGACAUAGUUUCUUUUGCGUUGCUUAAAGUUGACCCAAUGAUUCUAAUUCCCGAAAAGACGGUUUCUUUCUCCGGUCUCAUACGAGCGCUAAAGUCUCACGUCACCUAUCCGGUGAUGAGUGCGUCCGCGCUUCAUAGCCUUCGACAAUUGAAGUACAGUUCAAAUAUGGAGAUGACAGAUUUCAUAUCAACGUUUCUUUCCCUGUGUAGAAGUGCCAACAUCACGAAUCUCAUGGAACAAAAACAUUACCUUUUAAACUCCUUGCACGAUGACAACAUCAGAAAUAUAUUGGCGAAUAAAUUUAGAAAUGUUGAUGAAUUUGAUUGGGUAAUAAAAAUUUUUCAAGGCAUUCUCUAUGAAUACCCGUUGCACCAAAUUCGCUAUGGGUCAAGAAUCACCAUCAAGCAUUGUGUCACCGGCCAAUAUCUGUCGCAUGGUGAACACAAGCCAGUUGAGCCGGGUUCUCAGAAUUCAAGGGUCUAUUGUAAUGGAUGCAAACCCAAGGAAAACGAGGUGUGGAUUGUCACAUCGCCGUACGGUGAGAACAAAUCGCACGGUGAUUCCACACACAUCAAUUCCCUCAUUGGUCUAUGUCACGAGAAAUCUCGAGCAAACUUAUCGGCAAGCGACAAACCGGGUAAUCAUGCUGCAUUUGCGUCUUCGGGAAAGGACAUAAAUUGCAAUUGGGUCGUGAAAAGACACACCACCGAAUCCGGUUGCCAUAAUGAUCUAAAUGGUGCGUGGGCGAUAGGGGACAUUAUCAUUUUGGAAAAUGCAAAUAGUAAGUUACCAUUGUACAGUAGAGCUCAAGAUUACGAAGGUAAUCAAGAAGUUUCACUGGAGGGUGAUGGAUACGAAGAAAAUAAUAAGUGGUACGCCGAAAUAAUUGGAUAG